CAGAGUCAUGUUUACCUGCCACCUACCAUGGUGGAGAUCCAGUGUUCCGUGGCUGCCAGGUCACUUUCUGCCUCGUGUCUGGGAGAGGUGCCAACCACCGAGUCAUAGAGGAGGCAACACGACCGCAGGGCAGGGGCAACACGUCGGCGUGCAGGAGAAAUGAGUAUUAGAAGAUCUGGAAAGGCCCCUUGCAAGGAGAGAAAUGGAGACCCUGUUCCAUGAGCAGCCCGAGACUGAGAACCAGUAUUUGGAAGAUGCUUUGCUUCGGAGUUACUUGAAAACACACCUUCCUCCCAAGGUCUGGAGUGCAUGGAACAGGGACCUGGAAAGAUUUGGAAACCGCCUGCUCGCCCAGGUCAGAGCCUUGGGCUGGGAACGCGAGCUGAACCCCCCGUGUCCGGCAGUGAGAUGCCUGGGGCGGCGCGUGGAUCUCAUCGUCACCUGCUCGGCCUGGAGGAGGAUGAGGGAGAUUGCAGCAGAAGAGGGUGCUGAGGCCCACGAGAGAAGAUACUCCAACUGCAGACAUCUGCAUCAGGCUGUCAAACUCUACUUAUUCUUAAGCUCCUCUGGAGGAUUCAACUGUCCACUGGCCAUGACGGAUGGGGCAGCCAGAGUCAUUGAGUCACUGGGUAUUCCUAGAUCUCUGAAAAAUGCUUUUGGCCACCUGACAUCUCGAGACCCCAAGAAGUUCUGGACCUCUGGCCAGUGGAUGAUGGAGCGCAGGGGAGGCUCUGAUGUUGCUAACAGCACAGACACAGUGGCCAGGAAGCAGCCAGAUGGAACAUAUCAUCGCUAUGGUUUCAAAUGGUUCACAUCUGCAGCUGAUCCUGAUGUGACACUUACCCUGGCCAGGGCAGUGGAUGCUGAAGGCGAGGGUUCCGGUGGUCUGUCCCUGUUCUUCCUCAAGGUUCGAGAUGAGGACGGGAAGCUCAACAACAUCCAAGUGCAAAGGCUGAAAGACAAGUUGGGCACAUGGCAGAUGGCAACAGUAGAGCUGUGGCUGGAUGGAGCUAAAGCAGAGCUAGUCUCUGCAGAGGGUUGGGGAGUGGCCUCCAACAUGCUGAACAUAAUUCCGAUCCACAAUGUCAUUGGUGCAGUAGCUUCCAUGAGAAGGAUGAUCAGUCUGAGCAGGGAGUACGCCCGCAGGCGGGUUGCCUUUGGGAAGCUCCUCAAGGACCAUCCCCUACACAUGCAGAUGAUAGCGCAGAUGGAGGUGCAGGCACGAGGGGCAUUCCUGCUCCUUAUGGACAUCGUUUGUCUGCUUGGACUUGCAGAAACCAACAUGGCAAGUGAGCAAGACCAGCUUCUCCUGAGACUGCUGAUAGCAGUUGCCAAACUGUACACUGGGAAGCAGGUAUGGAAUGUGUUUAUUGAGGCAAUGGAGGGUUUUGGAGGACAAGGUUACAUGGAGUAUACAGGUUUGCCAGUCAUAGUCCGUGAUGCUCUGAUAAUCGCAGCCUGGUUUGUGUUGGAAGGGACCUUGAACUUCCUUUCGGCAACGUGAUCCCACCAGCCCCUUCCCAUGCAGGAGGUAAACACGUUGUGGUUCUUCCUGUCAUUGUUUUUCUUGCAGAGAAAACUGGAUCUGGCUUCGAGCACUGGGGGCCUGGAGCCCGCCGUGAGGCAGACACGGGCUGCGCUGGGGAGACUGGAGCAGUUCAUGCGAGCAGCUGGUUCCAAGGGGGCACUGACGAUGGAGCUGGCAGCAAGAGACUUCUCCUACGCCCUGACGAGGAUCUACACAGGAGCUCUUCUAAUUGAACACACAGCCCGGCCUGAUGCUUCCUCCACAGGCAUUGCCGCUGCUCGAAGGUGGUGCAGCCAGGAGCCGUGUCCUGCGGCCGCGGAGCUGGAGAACGGCAGCUACGAGGCGGAGGCAGCGCUGGUGGAGGGGGGCAGCCCUGCCUGCAGCAGCAGGCUCUGACCUCCUGGAGGUCCAGCUCCGGAGGCUGCGACCCCAAAUCCUGCGGCACAGUGGGGAUGUGCCACCAGUGGCCAGGCCAAACCCUUCCAGAGCGACCCCAACCUGCUCCAGUGCAACACCGGUGCUUCAUGCUAUGAUCUGCUGCCACAGCCACAGCCUCGAGGCCCAGUCUGAGGCACUGACAUGGGCUUACCAUGGCUUAGGUGAAGACUGAGUGAUCAGAUCCAGAGGAUGACAAUGCAGCAGCUCUGCAGGUGUUCUUUUUAAAGAACAGCAACAAAAAUCAAACUGAAAGUUAGUUGAAGCUGAUUAAACACAGAAAACCACCCAUUUUCCCUGCUCACCUUCUUGCUUCCCGGUGCCACACACCACCUUCCACCCUGGCUCUUGCUGGGAUGGGGUUUCCUGCGGGGGCCACAUCUCUUCACACAAGCAGCCACUCAGCAGCUGGUCCUGAUGGAACAUUUGGCUAAACCAGAGGCUUUGUAACCCAAACAUCUCAUUUUCCUGGGCAGGGCUGCCCUGGAGCAGGAUGGUCACUUGGCACUGCACAGCCUAGUGCCUGCUCUGGAUUAUUCCUUUUAUGUUCUGCUUUGUCUCACACGAGCUUUGCUUUUACUCUAAACCAACCUGAAGCAGAAGCUUUACCUUCAUGUGGAUUGUUUUGGGUGCUUUCUCCCUGCUGAAGCUGUAACUUGGCCCCGUGCUCAGCUGAGAUGGGCAAAAGGAACGUUCUCACCCUCCUGCACUUCCCACACGGAUACGGUCAAUGGUCAGUGCCCACAUGGGCACUGCUGCACGGAGCUGAGCCGAGGCUGCUUCGGGAGGAGGUUGCUUCAAUCACAUCCGUCCAGUGACAUCAGAACCGUGUGAGUUGGUACCAGAACUGGUACAAAAGGCCAGGUUGGACACAGGGGCUUGGAGCAACCUGCUCUAGUGGAAGGUGUCCCUGCCCGUGGCAGGGGUUGGAGCUGGAGGAGCUUUAUGGUCCCUUCAGCCCAAACCAGGCUGGGAUUCUGUGGCAUCAAUUCUGCCCUGUUUUAGACUGAAACCCCGUAACUCCCCACCAAAGCAAACGCCUCCAUCGUGACUGUGUCUCGUCACCCUCAGCCGUCCAUCUUCCUGCCUGGUGUCACCCUGAUGACCAAAAGAUUCUCAUUAAAAAGUUGCUAAGAACAGAAGACAGACACUAAUGAAAGAAGUCCCUGUUCUCACCCCCAGUGCUGCCCGCCGGGGAUCACCUCAGCCCUUCCCGAUGGAGCUCACAUGGAUUUCUGAACACCAGGAUUACGUUUUCCUAAUAUAUGAGCUAUGAUUUGCCUAAAAUUCAGCCCCACAGACGGGGAACCCAGCACAAGCUCCAAUACAGAGACACGAGGGGCUGUAAAGCUGUCACCAUGUAGGAAAAUGACAGAUUUAUGAAGAUGUAAAUAUUCACUCUGAGGCUGCAGCAGAAUAAAUGCUGGUUCAAAUAAGCACCAGGGUCUAAUGCUUUGAACUGCUGCUGAACAGCUCUUUGCUCUCCUGGGUUUAGAAGAUUUAAUGUGCCUGAAGUCAUUAAUCAAGACUCCAGCUGUCAUCUGGAUACACAUUCCACCAAAACCCCAAUAAAGUACAAUCAGAUGUUGCCACUGCAGAGAACUCAGUGAACAGCAGAACUAGGGGUAACUGGCUUAAAAAGGUCGUUGUUAAACAGCAAGAUAAAACUGCAGCAGCAUUUA